CACAUGAACUCCUCCAUGCUCACAUCACACAACACAUCUGGCGCUAGCAAAACAACAAUGGCGUCUGUGGCCAAGCCCUCCGUUGUUCUCCUCCUCGCCGUCGCCCUCGCCGCGGCCUCCGCGGCGGACGCGAUCACCUUCAACGUCAUCAACCGCUGCCGGGACACACUGUGGCCGGCGGCGCUCCCGGGCGGCGGCGCGCGCCUGGACCCUGGCAAGACGUGGACGGUGGAGGUGCCGGCGGGCACGUCGAGCGCGCGGAUGUGGGCGCGCACGGGGUGCGCCUUCGACGGCGCCGGGCGCGGGUCCUGCGAGACGGGCGACUGCGGCGGCGCGCUGGAGUGCGCCGUGUCCGGGAGGCCCCCCGCGACGCUGGCCGAGUACACGCUGGGAGACCCGGCCUACAUCGACGUCUCCCUCGUCGACGGCUUCAACGUGCCCAUGUCGUUCCAGUGCGGCGGCAAUGGGCCCAGCUGCGCCGCCGAUGUCAACGCGCGGUGCCCCGCCGAGCUGAAGGUGCCGGGGGGUUGCGCCAGCGCCUGCGAGAAGUUCGGCGGGGACACCUACUGCUGCCAGGGCCCGUACAAGGACCAGUGCCCGCCGACGGAUUACUCCAGGUUCUUCAAGGGGCUGUGCCCGGACGCAUACAGCUACGCCAAGGACGACCGGACCAGCACCUUCAACUGCCCGCAGGGUGCCAACUACGACAUCGUGCUCUGCCCAUGAUUUUACCGCGUAGGAGAUAUGACCAUGGAGAGUAAUAAGUAAAUAAAAGUACUUAUUGUGUUUAUAUAUCCCACGACACCGAGAUGAGCUCAAAACGCCGACGCAGCAGUGGCGGAGCUUAACGAAAAAUCUAGAGGGGCCAGCCAAUGUUAAUUGAGCUUUUAAACUAAUAAAUAAUGCCAAAAUCA